AUGUUGACAUGCGUAAAAAACCACUUCCCCCAAAGCUGUCACGGCGCGCUUCCGCCUCCCAUUGGCUGCUCGCUCCAGCCGCAGCCCCAGAGAAUGAAUGAAAUUGAAAUAGCUGCUACAUUACAUGUACAAUUCCGGGCUCUGCAGUGUUGCAUUCUAUCACACUGUAUCAAAAUGGCCACAGCGGUGCAGAACCCCCUCAAAUCGCAAUCUGGAGGUGCAGUCAUCAAGAACAGUCUUGGUGAGGAGUUUUAUAAGGAGGCCAUUGAACACUGUCGCAGCUACAAUGCCCGUCUGUGUGCCGAGCGCUCCAUGCGUCUCCCCUUCCUGGACUCCCAGACCGGCGUGGCCCAGAGCAACUGUUACAUCUGGAUGGAGAAGAACCACCGUGGACCGGGCCAUGCACCGGGUCAGUUGUACACAUAUCCUGCUCGCUGCUGGCGCAAGAAGAGACGGCUAAACAUCUUGGAGGACCCCCGGCUCGUACCCAUCGAGUUCAAAAUUGACUACGAGGCUUCGCUAAAGAAGGAGGGGGGCAUCCCGGAUGGGCCUGUGCUGGAGUCGCUUCUCGCUGGGGAAACCCUGGACAAGAAGGUAGAAACCAAGGAAGAAGAGCCAAUGAGCGAGUGUCAGAAGUUGCUUGUCGGGGAUUUCCCUCACGACCUGGAGGUGGAUGAGAUGGAGGAGGACGUUCCGAAGCGCAAGAACCGUACCAAAGGACGGGCCUACGGCGUCGGGGGCAUGAGAAAGAGACAAGAGCUGCCUGCCAUUGAAGACAGAGACAAGCCUUACGUCUGUGACAUUUGUGGAAAGCGCUAUAAGAACCGCCCAGGGCUGAGUUACCAUUACACUCACACCCACCUGGCAGAUGAGGAGGGGGAGGAAGACUCAGAGCGACAUACACUACCCUUCCAGCGCAAGAACAACCACAAGCCCAAGAAAGCACCGGACGGCUCAGUGAUCGCCAACGGCUACUGCGACUUCUGCCUCGGUGGUUCAAAGAAGACCGGCUGCCCUGAAGACCUUAUCUCCUGUGCAGACUGUGGACGCUCAGGCCACCCAUCCUGUCUGCAGUUCACAGUGAACAUGACUGCUGCCGUGAGGACUUAUCGCUGGCAGUGCAUCGAGUGCAAGUCCUGCAGCCUGUGUGGCACGUCUGAAAACGAUGACCAGCUGUUGUUUUGUGAUGAUUGUGACAGAGGCUACCACAUGUACUGUCUGAGCCCUCCCAUGUCUGAACCACCAGAGGGGAGCUGGAGCUGUCAUCUGUGUCUGAGACAACUGAAGGAGAAGGCCUCAGCCUACAUCACCCUCACUUAA